GUUACUAUAGUUGGUGUAGUAGCUGUAGUUGGUGUAGUUAGUGUAGUUGCUGUAGUUAGUGUGCUUGCUGUAGUUGCUGUAGUUGCUGUAGUUAAUGUAGUUGGUGUAGUAGCUGUAGUUGCUGUAGUUGCUGUAGUUGCUGUAGUUGGUGUAGUUGCUGUAGUUGGUGUAGUUGGUGUAGUUGGUGUAGUUGGUGUAGUUGGUGUAGUUGGUGUAGUUGGUGUAGUUGGUGUAGUUGGUGUAGUUGGUGUAGUUGGUGUAGUUGGUGUAGUUGGUGUAGUUGGUGUAGUUGGUGUAGUUGGUGUAGUUGGUGUAGUUGGUGUAGUUGGUGUAGUUGGUGUAGUUGGUGUAGUUGGUGUAGUUGGUGUAGUUGGUGUAGUUGGUGUAGUUGGUGUAGUUGGUGUAGUUGGUGUAGUUGGUGUAGUUGGUGUAGUUGGUGUAGUUGGUGUAGUUGGUGUAGUUGGUGUAGUUGGUGUAGUUGGUGUAGUUGGUGUAGUUGGUGUAGUUGGUGUAGUUGGUGUAGUUGGUGUAGUUGGUGUAGUUGGUGUAGUUGGUGUAGUUGGUGUAGUUGGUGUAGUUGGUGUAGUUGGUGUAGUUGGUGUAGUUGGUGUAGUUGGUGUAGUUGGUGUAGUUGGUGUAGUUGGUGUAGUUGGUGUAGUUGGUGUAGUUGGUGUAGUUGGUGUAGUUGGUGUAGUUGGUGUAGUUGGUGUAGUUGGUGUAGUUGGUGUAGUUGGUGUAGUUGGUGUAGUUGGUGUAGUUGGUGUAGUUGGUGUAGUUGGUGUAGUUGGUGUAGUUGGUGUAGUUGGUGUAGUUGGUGUAGUUGGUGUAGUUGGUGUAGUUGGUGUAGUUGGUGUAGUUGGUGUAGUUGGUGUAGUUGGUGUAGUUGCUGUAGUUGGUGUAGUUGGUGUAGUAGCUGUAGUUAGUGUAGUAGCUGUAGUUGGUGUAGUUAGUGUAGUUGGUGUAGUAGCUGUAGUUGCUGUAGUUGCUGUAGUUGGUGUAGUAGCUGUAGUUGGUGUAGUUGCUGUAGUUGGUGUAGUUGCUGUAGUUGCUGUAGUUGCUGUAGUUAAUGUAGUUGGUGUAGUUGGUGUAGUUGUUUUAGUAGCUGUAGUUGGUGUAGCUAGUGUAGUUGCUGUAGUUGGUGUAGUUGGUGUAGUAGCUGUAGUUGCUGUAGUUGGUGUAGCUGCUGUAGUUGGUGUACUUACUGUAGUUGGUGUAGUUGGUGUAGUUGUUUUAGUAGCUGUAGUUGGUGUAGUUAGUGUAGUUGCUGUAGUUGGUGUAGUUGGUGUAGUAGCUGUAGUUGCUGUAGUUGCUGUAGUUAGUGUAGUUGGUGUAGUUAGUGUAGUUGGUGUAGUUAGUAAGGUAGCUGUAGUUGGUGUAGUAGCUGUAGUUGAUGUAAUUGCUGUAGUUACUGUAGUUUGUGUAGUAGCUGUAGUUGGUGUAGUUAGUGUAGUUGGUGUAGUUGGUGUAGUUGGUGUAGUUGGUGUAGUUGCUGUAAUUGGUGUAGUUGCUGUAAUUGCUGUAGUUGCUGUAGUUAAGGUAGUUGGUGUAGUUGGUGUAGUUGAUGUAGUUACUGUAGUUGCUGUAGUUGGGGUAGUAGCUGUAGUAGGUGUAGUUAGUGUAGUAGCUGUAGUUGGUGUAGUAGCUGUAGUUGGUGUAGUUGCUGUAGUUGGUGUAGUUGCUGUAGUUGGUGUAGUUGGUGUAGUUACUGUAGUUGCUGUAGUUGGUGUAAUUGAUGUAGUUACUGUAGUUGCUGUAAUUAGUGUAGAAGCUGUAGUUGGUGUAGUUAGUGUAGUUGGUGUAGUAGCUGUAGUUGCUGUAGUUGGUGUAGUUGCUGUAAUUGGUGUAGUUGCUGUAGUUGGUGUAGUUACUGUAGUUGGUGUAGUUGGUGUAGUUAAUGUAGUUACUGUAGAUGCUGUAGUUGGUGUAGUAGCUGUAGCUGGUGUAGUAGCUGUAGUUGGUGUAGUAGCUGUAGCUGCUGUAGUUGGUGUAGUUGUUGUAGUUGGUGUAGUUGUUGUAGUUGGUGUAGUUACUGUAGUUGGUGUAGUAGCUCUAGUUGGUGUAGUAGCUGUAGUUGGUGUAGUAGCUGUAGUUGCUGUAGUUGCUGUAGUUGCUGUAGUUGCUGUAGUUGCUGUAAUUUCUGUACUUAGUGUAGUUGCUGUAGUUGAUGUAGUUACUGUAGUUGGUGUAGAAGCUGUAGUUGGUGUAGUAGCUGUAGUUGGUGUAGUUGAUGUAGUUACUGUAGUUGCUGUAGUUGGUGUAGUAGCUGUAGUUGGUGUAGUUGGUGUAGUUAGUGUAGUUGCUGUAGUUGGUGUAGUUGGUGUAGUUAGUGUAGUAGAUGUAGUUGGUGUAGUUAGUGUAGUUGGUAUAGUAGCAGUAGUUGGUGUAGUUGCUGUAGUUGGUGUAGUAGCUGUAGUUGGUGUAGUAGCUGUAGUUGGUGUAGUUGGUGUAGUUACUGUAGUUGCUGUAGUUUCUGUAGUUGGUGUAGUUGGUGUAGUAGCUGUAGUUGGUGUAGUAGCUGUAGUUGCUGUAGUUGCUGUAGUUGGUGUAGUUGCUGUAGUUGCUGUAAUUUCUGUACUUAGUGUAGUUGCUGUAGUUGAUGUAGUUACUGUAGUUGGUGUAGAAGCUGUAGUUGGUGUAGUAGCUGUAGUUGGUGUAGUAGCUGUAGUUGGUGUAGUUGGUGUAGUUACUGUAGUUGCUGUAGUUUCUGUAGUUGGUGUAGUUGGUGUAGUAGCUGUAGUUGGUGUAGUAGCUGUAGUUGCUGUAGUUGCUAUAGUUGGUGUAGUUAGUGUAGUUAGUGUAGUUGCUGUAGUUGGUGUAGUUGGUGUGGUUGGUGUAGUUGGU